CGGCGCCGGGAUGCUGCGAGCGGGACCACCCACCGGGGACUUGCCCCGGGCCGGAGAAGUCCACACUGGGACAACCAUCAUGGCAGUAGAGUUUGAUGGGGGCGUUGUGAUGGGCUCUGAUUCCAGGGUGUCCGCAGGAGAGGCUGUGGUGAACCGCGUGUUUGACAAGCUGUCCCCCUUACACCAUCGCAUCUACUGUGCCCUCUCUGGUUCGGCUGCUGAUGCCCAGGCCGUGGCCGACAUGGCUGCCUACCAGCUGGAGCUCCAUGGGAUGGAACUGGAAGAACCUCCCCUCGUUCUGGCUGCUGCAAACGUGGUGAGAAAUAUUAGCUAUAAAUAUCGGGAGGAACUGUCUGCACAUCUCAUGGUAGCCGGCUGGGACCAUCGUGAAGGGGGCCAGGUGUAUGGAACACUGGGGGGAAUGCUGACUCGACAGCCCUUUGCCAUUGGUGGCUCUGGCAGCACCUACAUCUACGGUUAUGUGGACGCAGCAUAUAAACCGGGCAUGUCCCCCGAGGAGUGCAGGCGCUUCACCACGGAGGCUAUCGCUCUGGCCAUGAGCCGGGACGGCUCGAGUGGGGGUGUCAUCUACCUGGUCACUAUUACAGCUGCUGGUGUGGACCAUCGAGUGAUCUUGGGCAAUGAGCUGCCCAAAUUCUAUGACGAGUGAAUCUUCCUCAGACAUUCCUCCUUAUUUUGUAAUAAACUCUCUGAGGCCAGA